UGGCACAUGUGACGUGAACAGUACGUGGUCAGACUAGCUCGACAACUAAGCCUGUACUAUGGCGCCGACUCGAUGGGGGUUCGUGAGCGCUGGGAAAAUCUCCAACGACUUUAAGGUGGCCCUGGACACUCUGCCGAAGGAAGAACAUCAAGUUGUGGCUGUGGCAGCUAGAAACCUCGAAAGUGCCCAGAACUUUGCUGAAACUCACAACAUUCCAACAGCUUAUGGGUCAUAUGCAGAGCUAGCAGCACAGAAGGAUAUAGAUGUUGUGUACAUCGGAGCCAUCCAUACCCAGCAUGCCCCAGUGACGACCAUGAUGCUCCAGGCAGGGAAGCCUGUCCUGUGUGAGAAGCCGAUGUCAGUCAACUCCCGAGAGGCGCGGCAGAUGAUCGGCCUCGCUAAGGAGAACAACAUCUUCUUUAUGGAGGCUGUUUGGAGUCGUUUCUUCCCAGUGUACAAAAAAAUCCGUGAAAUCAUCGAGUCAGGGGCAGUUGGGGAGGUUAAGGCAGUGACUGCAUGUUUCGGGGGUAACAUCAGCCAUAUACCCAGGGUAAAAGAAAGAUCCAUGGCAGGUGGAUCCCUGCUGGAUCUGGGGAUCUAUGUGAUCCAGUUUGCCACUAUGGUGUUUGGAGGAGAGGAACCAGAGGACAUCACCACUAGUGGACACCUCAGUGAUGGGGGAGUUGAUGAGAUAGUGACUGUAGUGCUGAAGUACAGUGGGAACAGGAUGGCCACACUUCUGUGCUGUAUGUCUGCAGUUGUGGCAAACGAGGCUUAUGUGUGUGGGACAAAGGCUUCUCUUAAGAUUCCAAACUUCUGGUGUCCUACAGAGGUGAUCUCCCCGGACGGUACCCAUGAGUUUCCCCUCCCUCCACCAGAGAAGCCGCUCAACUUUAAAAACUCCACCGGGAUGAGAUAUGAGGCCAUGGAAGUCAGGAGGUGUCUUCAGGAAGGUUUGAUUGAGAGUCCCCUGAUGACCCACGCCAUGAGCCUACAGAUAGCCGGUAUCAUGGACCAGGCACGGAAGGUGGUCGGGGUGGUGUACGACCAGGACAAGGAAUAAAACACCAUUAAUAAGGGAGUGAUUUUGUGAUCUUAAAUUAAAAUGGAAUGGGGCCUUAUCAGAGGGCCUGCAUGGGGGGUAGUGAUUACAAAUUAUGUAAGAUUUUUGCCACCGAUUACGAAUUACGCUUAACUCUGAGAACUGAUCAUGAACCAUUACAUGUUACCACUAAUGUACUGAUAACGAAUUAAGAUGAUUUAGGGCUGCUGCCUACAGAUUACGAAGAUUAAAA